AUGUCCUGCUCCAGCCUGUGUGCCCCUUGUGGGCUGGCCUCCACUUGCCCUCUGGCUGACACCUGCAACGAGCCCUGCGUGAGGCAGUGCCCCGACACCACGGUGGUCAUCCAGCCUCCGGCCUCGGUGGUCACCUUCCCCGGGCCCAUCCUGAGCUCCUUCCCGCAGCACAGCUCUGUGGGCUCUGCAGGAGCUCCCUUCGUUGGAGGCGGCUCCGGUGGCUCCGGUGGACGCCGUGGGGGCUACGGAGGCCAUGGGGGCUAUGGGGGUUAUGGAGGCUAUGGAGGCUAUGGUGGCUAUGGGGGCUCUGGGGCCUGGGGAUGUUAUGGAGGCUCUGGGGGCUAUGGAGGUUAUGGGGGCAGCUGUGGUGGCUACAGAGGCUGUGGGUCCUGCUAA